GGAGAAGGCUGCAGCCGGUAAAAGUACGAAAAAAGGUAAAGGCCGGGAAAAGAAAGGACAGAAAGUGACGGAAGAGCUACAACCUGUCUCAGCACCAUCUGACGCACCAGCUGAGGCUGCUGUUGAUACUGCGAAAGUAGAAGCACCAGCGACAGCCAAUGCACCGGAGGAAGGAGUUGUAGUUGUACAACAACGACCAAAGGCAAAACCAAAACCGCCCUCCUCCGCCCCGAAGAGGCCGCCUCCGCCUGCGGAAACGAAACCACCAGCACCUCCGGAUUCCAAACAGGAUGAGCCUCCUGCGAUAGCAGAGGAAAAGGCAGUGACCGGCUCUGUUUUCGCCAAGUCCACCGUGUUUGCGGCCAAGCCAAAGCCUCCAACGGUGUUUGGGAAGUCGCAGGUCUUUGGCACCAAAGCGAAAGCUACACCGCCCGUCUCGAAAGCGGGUACGCCUCUUGAAGAACCGGCGCCAGACGGGAUGGUUGCCUUCACGGUACAGGAGGAAGAGCUCUCCUGUGACAUCGACCCGCGCACCAUGAAGGUGAAGAACAUUCUCCCGGCUGGUGUUGCUGCGAGCGCCGGCGUGCAGGAAGGAGACACCAUCGUGACCAUCAAUGGGAAAAGAAUCCCCGACGUGUCCAUGUCGGACUGGGGUCGUAGGCCGCUGCGCAUCGUUGUGAAACCAAGAUCUUCCGCAGGAGCGCAAGUUGUAGCCGCAAGCCCGGUGCUGAAAGACAAAAAAUUCUCGCAGGAGAAGAGCACCACGUUUGCCGUCACUGUGGAGGAAGCGGACAUGGGCUGCGGUAUCGAUCCCGAGGCGGGCUUUCGGGUCGUCAGCGUAGCCCCCGACGGCGCCGCGGCAUCCGCAAAUGUCAAGGUAGGCGACCGGGUUGUGGCCGUGAAUGGACAGCUGCCACAGCAAGUGGACAAUAACGAGUGGACCCUGAGGCCAUUGGAACUCGUCUUCGAUCGAGCACCUCCUACUUCACCAGAAAGGAGAGCCGAACGCGGUGGGAUAGGAUCCUUGUUUUCUUCCGCCUCCAAGAGGAAAGGAGAUUCAAAGCCAGAGGAGAAAAAACCAGAGGCAGAACCUCCGCCACCGGUGGGUGAAGUGAUUGAAAGGGUCGAUCCUGCAGAAGUCACCCGCCGGGACGAAUUGCUUGCGGACCUGAUGGACACGGGGGAUCAGUACGCUGCCGAGGUUCCGUCGAACAUGCGCGGGAACCUCGGCUUCCGGCUGGACUACAGCGCUUUCCCCUUCAAAGUGCGCGGCGUCAACGCCACGGGGUGGGCCGCGAACUCGCGAGUCAACCGGGGGGACGUGCUUUUAGAAGUGCAGGUGCAGGAACCCAACCCGCACUACAAGAAGAAAGCGAAGAAGCGGUUGGCCGACCGGGCGGACCGUACGGGCCGGCGGGAAACGGAACUGGGUGCCCCACCCAGUCGCACCACCGGCGUGUUGCGCACGCUUGGCACGCCGCUGAAUUUUGGCUUCAACGCAGCGGGUGCAGUGGCGGCCGCGACCGCAGCCACCGCGAGGCGCGUGGGCGUGCUGGGCAAGGCGAAAGUAAAGACAAAGGCGAAACGGAGUCUCGCGCCGAUCGACCGGGGCAUUGACGAUCCCGAUUUGGACGAGGCGGCGGAGACGCAGCAGGCCAUUGCGGCACAGUUGGAGGAGGAACCGACGAUAACGAAAGCGGUGUCCACGGCAGAACUGACGGAAAACAACCUCCGGGACAUCCUGAACGACCAGCGCCCCCUGACCCUGGUUUUCGCGAAGUCGACCAACACCGCAGAUCUGGACACCAGUGUGACCGUGAACGAGGAGGGCGUGGUGCGGC